ACCUAGCUGGCAACAGGGAUUCUACUCCCACUGCGCCCAGUUGAGCUCCUAACAUAAUACUAAGUCCUACAACACCUUCGGCCCUUCGGAGAUUCACGGCUAAAGUCUCCAACGAACGACCGAACAAACGAAUACUGGAUACCAGGAUGGCGAGUACGAACCACGAUGAAGAGGUCUGGAGAUCGGACUAGGAGUUCAUGGCGUGGAACCCAGAGAACAUGGGCUCCGCAACAGUGAUCUCAAAAGAAGACUUCUUCCGCGCCCUGGAGAGAGAUUCCGAACGCGUGCAUAGAGAAAUAGCCAAGGCUAUGGAUAGCGGAAGGUUCAACAUCCAGAGAUUGCGAACUGAAAGGAAUGAACUGCGCGAACGUGUUCAGGAAUUGGAUACACAGAUUAACGCCUUGGUGAUGGAAAAGCAUAACCUCCAACAAGCAGUUACCAACCUCGCGAUGCAAGCUCACCCGCCAGGCCCACUUCAUACCCUAACCCAGCACCUCGCACACCCUGCCUCGCCCUGGCUCACCUCGCUCGCGCACACGCACCCUGUGCUCGCGCGACUCUCGCCCUUGAAGUAGCGACAUGGAAAGGGCAGAAUUGGAGGUUUGCUAUACUUAUAUAGAGUGGCUUAAGCUCAUAGUUUACUCGCACGCAUGACCGCUGCGCAUUCUACUACCUUCUCAGCAAUGGUCUUUCUAAACCUGUCCGCUAUGGGAGCUGAUUUUGACAUAGCACAGGGAAAGUAUAUUUUGAGCUUUGCGCAAUAGAGCUUUACGAUGUCGAUAACCUCUACUUCUUCUCUCGCUUCCUUUUCGGCAUUCCGGAAAGUUUGGGAGGAAUCUAUGUGUAUACGCGUAAAACCAUGAUGCUAACCGUAUCUUGGAGUUGCCUUUGGAUACAUUGUUCAAGAGAUCUGGAAUAAACUGGUCAUAAGUGUACGAUACUAUUAAUUUUUCGGCGAUAGGCGCGAAGCCGGCAUUGGAAGUGUUUGGACGUUGAUAUUGACGACGAUGUGCUUUCUCUACCAUAAGGGAUCAUGGUGGUCGCAUUUCUCUCU